AAUGAUAGAACUUUAGUAAUUAGAAUUAAAACUUAGUAACCAUGUAUGAAUGCAUAAGUGGUGGUGCUUUUUUGGUCAUUCAGUGUUUCUGUUAAAAAAUGGGAAAAAAACUAACAUUUAAUACUGAUAAGAUGAUGAUGAUAAUAAUAAUAUGAAUUCUGCUGAUAAGAACAGUGUAAAAGGCACUAAGGAUUAACGAGCUGCUGGAUUCGUGAAUAUUAAUCAGGUUGUGUACAUUCACUCGAACUGAUUUGCUGAAAUCAAAACAGGGACGAUAAUAGGUGAGCACCAGCCAAUGAGAUUGCCGUUUGCGCAUUAGUUCUGCCCACUACCGGAAAACCCAGCUGUUGGGCCAAGUCCACAUAUUGAGCCAUAGUCCACCUGGGAUCACCCCCUGGCAUCAGUUGGCUGAUAUGGUUGUCCAGUCCGCCCCAAAAACAGUCCAUUAAAAUUACUUCGCUCAAUGGUGAGAGGUGUGACGUGCACACUGUUAGACAUUUCAAAGGGUUUUUACAGUAACUUACUGGCAACACUGGGACAAUAAAUCGAUGUAUCACGAUUCGUGGAUCGAUUGAUAUUUUCUAAAUGCAUCGCGAUUCUCUCUAGAAUCGAUUCUGAGCUUAGUUUUUAACCGCACACUCAAAUGCUUACGAAGAAGAGCACUGAAGAGCGCUUAUGUGUUCAUUAAAGCAUGCAUUUAAAAAAAAAGGCUUGAAUAAAAAUUUACCAAAUGCAUUCAUUAAAGCAUGCAUAUUCAAGCAUGCGUUAAAUGUACUUGCACUUCAGCUGAGAAUGCUUACAUGACAAAAGACUGCGAUUUGCAAUGCAUCGAUUUAUUGUCCCAACCCUAUUAUCUGGCUUUCUAUUAAUGCAAUACAGUGAAUCACAGCCAUCUCCCAGCUGAUGGAGGGUGGGGCUGAAAGCUGUGGGAGCGAAACAAGGCAGCUGGAGUGAUUGCUAAUGAGAGAUGAGCAUGACACACGGCUCGAGAGUGGCUGAGCUUUUAUUAUGCUGCAGUCAACCACUUCUGCUUCUUCUGGUCAAGUAUAUGUGGGACCUGAUGGAAGAAAAUGAGGAGAGUAAAGAACUGAGUGAAGCUGAGGAGAAACAUCAGGUCAAAACUGGUGAAAAAUCAAAGAAGAAUCGAAGAAGAGUCCAAAAGUCUUUAACCUGCCCUCAGUGUGGAAAGAGUUUCUCACACAAACAAAUUCAAGUUCACAUGAGAAUCCACACUGGAGAGAACACAUGCGAUCAAUGCGGGAAGAGUUUCACACAAAAAACAGGCCUUAAAGAACACAUGAAAAUCCACACUGGAGAGAAGCCAUACACAUGUGAUCAGUGUGGGAAGAGUUUCAGUAAGGCGAACACCUUUAAAUUACAUCUGCGUUAUCAUUCUGGAAAAAGACCUUAUAACUGUGAACAGUGCGGUAAAGAUUUUUUUAGGUCAGAUGCCCUGAAGAACCACCUGAAAGUUCAUACACAGGAGAAGCCUCACAUUUGUUCUUUGUGUGGAAAGAGUUUUAGUGAGCUGGCAGCAUUAAAAAAGCACCAGAAAAGACACAGCGGUGUGAAGAAUCAUAUGUGUUUUGAUUGUGGGAAUGUCUUUUUUGAUAGUGCUCAACUGAGACGGCACCAGAGAACUCACACUGGAGAAAAACCUUACAAGUGUUCACGCUGCGACAAGAGUUUCAGUCAGUCAGAACAUCUGAAAACACACGAGAGGGUUCAUACUGGAGAGAAGCCGUAUCCAUGUGACCAGUGUGGGAAGAGUUUUGCCCGAAAAGGACACCUUAAGGGUCACAUAAAAUGUCAUCUAGAAGGGAAGCUGUACACAUGUGAUCAGUGUGAAAAGACUUUCACAGUAAAAAAAUACCUUACAAAACACAUGAAAAUCCACACUGGAGAGAAGCCGUACACAUGUGAUCGGUGUGGGAAGAGUUUCUCACAAAAAGGAUAUCUUGAUGCACACCUAAAAACCCACACUGGAGAGAAGCCAUACACAUGUGAUCAGUGUGGGAAGAGUUUCUCACAAAAAGGAUACCUUGAUGCACACCUAAAAACCCAUACUGGAGAGAAGCCGUACACAUGUGAUCAGUGUGGGAAGAGUUUCAGACAAAAACGAGCCCUUGAUGUACACAUGAGGAUCCACACUGGAGAGAAGCCGCACACAUGUGAUCAGUGUGGAAAGAGUUUCAGACUUAAGCAAACCCAUAACGAACACAUGCGGAUCCACACUGGAGAGAAGCCGCACACAUGUGAUCAGUGUGGGAAGAGUUUCAGAAAAUGUGGUGGUUUUAAAAAACAUCUGCUUACUCAUUCUAGAGAGAGACUAGAAAGCUGUCACCACAGCAGUAAAACAUUUUUUAGGCCACAUUUCCUGAAGGACCGCCUGAAAGUUCAUACGAAGGACAAGCCUUACGUAUGUUAUUUAUGUGGAAAGAGUUUUAGUCAGAUGGGUGCAUUAAAGAUACACCAGAAAAGACACGGCGGUGUGAAGGAUCAUGCUUGCUCUAAGUGUGGGAAGACGUUUUUUACGUAUGAUGCAAUGAAAGUGCACCAGACAGUUCACACUACAGAAACACCUUACAAGUGUUCACACUGUGACAAGAGAUUCAAACGGUCAGAAUAUCUGAGAAUACACGAGAGGAUCCACACUGGAGAGAAGCCGUAUACAUGUGAUCAAUGUGGGAAGAGUUUCAGACUAAAACAAAUGCUUAAUCAACACAUGAAUAUCCACAAUGGAGAGAAGCCGUACACGUGUGAUCACUGUGGGAAGAAUUUCACACAAAAAGGUAACCUUAACAAACACAUGAGAUUCCACACUGGAGAGAAGCUACAUACAUGUGAUCAGUGUGGGAAAACUUUUGUACAUAAAGGAAACCUUAAAGACCACAUGAAUAUCCACACUGGAGAGAAGCCGUACACGUGUGAUCAGUGUGGUAAGAGUUUCACACGAAAAGAAUACCUUGAUGCACACCUAAAAAUCCAUACUGGAGAGAAGCCAUACACAUGUGAUCAGUGUGGGAAGAGUUUCAGACAAAAAUCAGCCCUUAAUGUACACAUGAGGAUCCACACUGGAGAGAAGCCGCACACAUGCUAUCAGUGUGGGAAGAGUUUCAGACUUAAACAAACUCUUAACGAACACAUAAUGAUCCACACUGGAGAGAAGCCGUACACAUGUGAUCAGUGUGGGAAGAGUUACACACAAAAAGGAGCCCUUAAUGUGCACAUGAGGAUCCACACUGGAGAGAAGCCAUAUACAUGUGAUCAGUGCGGAAAGAGUUUCAGAAAAUGUGAUGUUUUUAAAAAACAUCUGCUUACUCAUUCUAGAGAGAGACCAGAAAAGUGUGACCAAAGCAGUAGAACAUUUGUAAAGAACCGCCUGAAAGCUCAUACGAAGGAGAAGCCUUACAUAUGUUAUUUAUGUGGAAAGAGUUUUAGUCAGAUGGUUGCAUUAAAGAUACACCAGAAAAGACACAGCGGUGUGAAGGAUCAUGCUUGCUCUAAGUGUGGGAAGACUUUUUUUACAUAUGGUGCACUGAAAGUGCACCAGACAGUUCACACUACAGAAACACCUUACAAGUGUUCACACUGUGACAAGAGAUUCAAACGGUCUGAUUAUCUGAAAAUACAUGAGAGGAUCCACACUGGAGAGAAGCCGUACACAUGUGAUCAAUGUGGGAAGAGCUUCAGACUAAAAGAAAUGCUUAAUCGGCACAUGGAUAGCCACACUGGAGAGAAGCCGCACACAUGUGAUCACUGUGGGAAGAAUUUCAGACAAAAAAGAAACCUUAACAAACAUAUGAAAAUCCACACUGGAGAGAAGCUACACACAUGUGAUCAGUGUGGGAAGGGUUUCUUAGAAAAAGGAAACCUUAAAGACCACAUGAAUAUCCACACUGGAGAGAAGCCGUACUCAUGUGAUCAGUGUGGCAGGAGUUUUGCACAUAAAGGAAACCUUGCCAAACACAUGAGAAGACACACUGGGAAGAAGCCACACACAUGUGAUCAAUGUGGGAAGAGUUUCGCAGAAAAGGGAACACUUAAUGAACACAUGAGGAUCCACACUGGAGAGAAGCCGUACACAUGUGAUCAGUGUGGGAGGAGUUUCACACAAAGAGGAACCCUUUAUGAACACAUGAAAACCCACAGUGAAGAAAAGCCAUAUACCUGUGCUCAGUGUGGGAAGAGUUUCAAACGAAAAGAAGGCCUGAAUGACCACAUGAGGAUCCACACUGGAGAGAAGCCGUACACAUGUGAUCAAUGUGGGAGGAGUUUCAAACGAAAAGAAGGCCUGAAUGAUCACAUGAGGAUCCACACUGGAGAGAAGCCAUACGCAUGUGAUCAGUGUGGGAGGAGUUUCACACAAAGAGGAACCCUUUAUGAACACAUGAAAACCCACAGUAGAGAGAAGCCAUACACAUGUGAUCAGUGUGGGACGAGUUUCACACAAAGAGGAACCCUUAUUGCACACAAGAAAACCCACAGUAGAGAGAAGCCGUACACAUGUGAACACUGUGGGAAGAAUUUCAGACAAAAAAGACACCUUAACCAACAUAUGAAAAUCCACACUGGAGAGAAGCUACACACAUGUGAUCAGUGCGGGAAGGGUUUCUUAGAUAAAGGAAACCUUAAAGACCACAUGAAUAUCCACACUGGAGAGAAGCCGUACACAUGUGAUCAGUGUGGGCAGAGUUUCAUACGAAGAGUAACCCUUUACAAACACAAGAAAACCCACAAUGGAGUGAAACAGCACCAGACAGUUCACACUACAGAAACACCUUACAAGUGUUCACACUGUGACAAGAGAUUCAAUCGGUCAACACAUCUGCAAAUACAUGAGAGGAUCCACACUGGAGAGAAGCCACAUCACUGUCAUUCAUGUGGGAAGAGAUUCACUCAAUUAUCUUCUCUAAUCUGUCAUAAAUUACAUGUCUGCGUGUCUGAAAUUAUAGUAAUUAGUUGAAGUUCUGAUCCUGUAGUUCCAGGUGCUAGGUAGGGCUGCAUCAAGUAAUUAUUUUGAUAAUCGAUUAAUCAGAGAUUAUUAGAAUGAUUAAUCAACUAUUUGUUUCAUUAUUUUGGAGAUUAAUCAGCAUCUUUAUUGAUUAAUCGGCUUGUUGAGUUUGUUAAAAUGUUGAGUUACACACUUUCUAAUUAAUAAAUAAAACAAGGAAAUCACUUCAGUUUUUGAAAAUGUCUGUUUAAUAUACUAUAAGACUUUUCACACUGCGCGUAA